CGGCGGUCGCGGUAGAUAUAGGAUGGGGGGUGAAGGAUGCUCGGUGGGGGAGACGGUAGAUCGAUCCCGAGACAAUCAUGCGUGGAGGAUGCUUUGCGAUUGACGAUGCUGUGUGAGGGACGUCGGGUUUCUCUUUUGUGGAGGGGUGGCGUGUGUCUCGUGGUAACCGGCGCCGUGCUUGCUAGAGAGAUUCUGGCCGGAGGAGGGGUUAGGGUGUUGGGGGGACACAAGAAAUGGGUAUACUUGAAUAAGGUGGUUGAUCUUGAUACUCCCUGGGAGCUUGCCAUGUCCACCAGAAACUUUUACAGAUUUUGAAGGCUUUGCUUACGUGGCUACCAAGGGUGUCUACUUCUGUUUCAGUAACAUGAUGUCUGGGAUUGGGGUAUACUGGGGUAGAUGCAGCUCUUUCGCAUGUUUGUGUGAAGAUAAUA